AUGCCUCGCAGGUACGCCUUCGGAAGGCCGGAAGACGCCACCCACCCCGACUCCGUCAAGGCCACCUUGUCGGAAUUCCUCUCCACCUUCAUCUUCGUCUUCGCCGGAGAAGGCUCCGUCCUCGCUCUUGAUAAGAUGUACAAGGACACGGAUUUGUCGGCCGCUGGGCUCGUCCUGAUUGCGCUGGCGCAUGCGCUUUCUCUCUUCGCGGCCGUGGCCUCCAGCAUGAACGUCUCGGGGGGCCACCUAAACCCCGCUGUCACCUUCGGGGCCCUCGUGGGUGGCCGGGUGUCGAUGCUCCGCGCUAUUUUCUACUGGGUCGCGCAGCUCUUGGGGGCCGUCGUCGCUUCCCUCCUCCUAAGGCUCGCCACCGAUGGCUUCAGGCCGAUAGGAUUCUCGGUGGCGGUCGGCGUAGGAGUAUGGAACGCCCUCCUGAUGGAGAUCGUGAUGACGUUCGGGCUAGUCUACACCGUCUACGCCACCGCAAUAGAUCCCCGGAGAGGGAGCCUGGGUACGAUCGCGCCACUCGCGAUCGCGUUCAUCGUGGGGGCGAACGUGCUCGUGGGAGGCCCAUUCGAGGGCGCAGCCAUGAACCCGGCACGAGCGUUCGGACCGGCCCUGGUGGGGUGGAGGUGGAGCUACCACUGGAUCUACUGGCUGGGGCCGUUCGUAGGGGCGGCGUUGGCCGGGAUCAUAUACGAGUUCGGGCUUAUACAGCCGGAGACGACGCCGCACCAUACUCACCACCAGCCUUUGGCUCCCGAGGAUUACUAGACAUUUGUUGUUAAGUGAGUGAAUGAAUGAAUAAAUAAAUAAGUUGUUUUGUUGAA